AUGUCCACCACAACCAUCACAACUUCUGCAACACCAAUCGCCAUGACCUCCGAGGCCAAAAUCCCCGCAAGGACGGUGCGGCGAACAGCGCAGGAUGAAGCGGCGGACCUGCAGAUGUUCAAGGAGAACAGGCUGAGAGCGCCAUACGAUGAGUGGCCCAAUGAAGCAGGCUUCGACGGCCUCACCGAGGAACGCGGCCCCAUCGAGCUGACCGUCCAGGGCCACAUUCCCGCCUGGGCCGCCGGCGCCCUCUACCGGACGGGCCCUGGAAGCUGCAAGGUCGAGGACACCCCCAAGGGGACCUACUACGUCUCGCACUGGUUCGACGGCUUCGCCCACACGCACAAGUUCGACAUCGUCGCCCCCUCCAAGGCCUCCUCCUUCGCCCACGGCCGGACGCGCGUGCUCUACUCCUCGCGGCGCCAGUGCGACGAGCUGGUCGCGUCCGUCAAGGCCACCGGCCACCAGAACCGCUACACCUUCGGCCAGAAGGCCGACCCCUGCAUCGGUAUCUUUGGUAAGUUCAUGGGCGUCUUCUCAAAGGGGGACGGGCCCAACAUCUGCGUCGCCGUCAGCGCCAACGUCCCGGGCUUCGACAGCCGGGAAAGCGACGACGACAAGGAGAAGAGCGGCCAGGAGGAGGACAAGCGGAGUGGCGGCGAAAAGAGCGACGGCACACCGGACCAGAGCCCUUCUGGAUCGGGCCACCGCAACCGCGUCCGCAGCCUCUGGCUCUCGACCGACUCGAGCCCGCUGCAGGAAAUCGACCCGGACACCCUCGAGCCCGUCGGCAUCGCCACCCAGGACAGGCUGCACCCGGACCUGUCGGGCCCCAUGUCGUGCGCGCACGCCCAGCGCGACCCCGAGACGGGCGACAUGUACAACUUCAACCUCGCCCUGUCCAUGACUUCGACGUACCGCGUCUUCCGCACGAGCGCGGCCACCGGCAAGACGGACAUCCUGGCCGCCAUCUCGGGCGGCGACGCCAAGCCGGCCUACAUCCACAGCUUCUUCCUGACAAAGUCCUUCGUCGUCCUCUGCAUCCCCUCGUCCCACCUGGCCUACCGGGGCAUGGCCGUCCCCUGGCAGCGCAACAUCCUCGACGCCAUCGCCCCCUUCGACGCCGCCAACCGGUGCAGGUGGUACUUUGUCGACCGCCUCCACGGCAAGGGCGUCGUGGCGUCCUUCGAGACCCCGGCCGGCUUCUUCUUCCACACCACCAACGCCUUUGAGGAGCCGUCCGCCGACGGGCCCGGUCUCGUCGAUGUCUUUUGCGAGAUCUCGGGCUACCAGAACCUCAACAUCCUCCACAACCUCUACUACGACGUCCUGCUCAACCGCAACGACGCCACCACCAAGUUCUGGACCGAGAACGAGCGCCUCAACAACGGCUACGCGAGCCUGCAGCGGUUCAAGUUCCGCCUGCCGGACCCUUCCCGGGACGACGAUGCCGGCACGUCCACAGCAGCAGAAGCAGCACCUACAGAACCCGAACUCCUCGUCUCGAUCCCCGCCCCGCACGCCGGCGAACUGCCGACCAUCAACCCGGACUACCUCACCCGCCGCCACCGCUACGUCUACUCCCUCUCGGACCGCGGCCUCAGCACGCUGCUCGACACCAUCGUCAAGACGGACGUCGACACCCGCGAGGCCCUCAUGUGGGAGUGCCCGCGCGCCCACACCCCCGGCGAGCCCAUCUUCGUCCCGCGGCCCCCGACGGCGGCGACGGCCGCAGACGGCCGCGCGACUGCCGUAGCCGAGGACGACGGCGUCAUCCUCAGUGUCGUGCUCGACGGCACCACCCAGCGGAGCUACCUCCUCUGCCUCGACGCCGCGUCAAUGACGGAGCUGGGCCGGGCCGAGUGCGACUUCGCCGUCGGCAUGGGGUUCCACGGCAUCCACGCGCCCUCGGGCCCGGGUAUGGGGUGA